CAGGCUAGGGGUCGAAUGGGAGCUGGAGCUGCCAGCCUACACCACAGUCAUAGCAAUGUAAAUCAGCCUUAACUUAAAGCCUUCUCUUAAUAAAAUACUAGGAUUUUCACUCACUUGAUUUUAUCUUGACAUUAUCCUGAAAAUAGUCAAGUUGAAUAAUCAAGUCCUAGCACCCUGAGCUUUAAUUUCUUUAUCUGAAAAAAUUCCUUCAUUGCCUGUCCAGGAACAAGAAUCUGAUUCUAAUACUGUUUGACCUCCUUAAUCUUUUAAUGUGAGUUCACACUGAAAAAAGACUUAUAACCAAGGAAGAUGCCUCUUUAUUCAAAUAUAUUACUAUUUGCACACCAGUGUAAAACAAACAAACAAAAAACCUUCCUUUGAAAAAUUGUCUCCCUGAGGCCAGGUGCUAGAGAAUACCUUAACAAACUUUUGGCAUCAUCAUAAAUUUCUCAGAUACCUGUAAAUAAACAGAUAGAACUAUUAUGAAUUGUAAUUUAGUAAGAGUUUAUCUGGAUGGAUAAUGGCAAAGGGGAAACUUUGAAGUUCAGCUGAAAAGGGCAAGGGAAAUGUAGAUAUCCAUUUGCUUUGUGCUCAAAAUUAUUCCGGUUUAUGCAAUGUAAUGAAAUAAUCUUAUGCAUUAAGCCAUUUCAAGGAAUAACAAAACUUGUAAAAUUUCUAUCCACUUUAUAAAAUGGCUUAUUCAGACACUUCCAAAAUAGGCUGACUUGAGAAUAUUAGUUUCUCAAUCAAGACGCAGGGUGGCGCUGCAGGCUAAGAUUGUGGCGAAAGAGCUCUUUAAAAGCUCGCGUAUUCCUUUGUUGCAAGACCGAAUCAAAAACACCCGGAAGCAGAUCGGCCAGCCAAACUGCGUUCCCGACGAGUUUAGGCAGCGACAUAUAAACGAAUUCAAGAUCCAAAGCAACGCUGUGAGGAUUCCUCCAAGCGAGAAAUCAGAAGAGAGUAAUCUCAGGUCCUUCUGCGGUCGCUGAAGGGAUUGGAUGUCAGCAUCCGGACCCACCAUGGAGACUCGAGAGGGAAUUCAGCCGAACAGGCAAGUAGUCUUUAUCGUGAUGGUAUUCCUGUCUCAGGCUCACCCCGCGCCUAUUCGUUACUCUGUGCUGGAAGAAUCAGAGAGCGGCUCCUUUAUAGCUCAUCUGACUAAGGACCUGGGCUUGGGAAUCGGGGAACUGGCGGACCGCUCCGCCAGGAUAGUGUCUGACGAUGACAAGCAGCGCUUGCAGCUGGAUCAUCAGACCGGAGACUUGCUUUGGAGGGAGAAACCAGAUCGGGAAGAGCUGUGUGGCCCCACUGAACCCUGUAUACUGCCUUUCCAAGUAUUCCUAGAAGCUCCGGUGCAGUUUGUUGAAGGGGAAUUACUAAUUCAGGACAUCAACGACCACUCCCCAGUAUUCCCGGACAGGGAAAUACUCCUGAAAAUACCAGAAAACAGCCAGCCAGGGGCUGUAUUUCCCCUGCAAUUCGCUCAGGAUUUGGAUGUGGGCAGCAAUGGUCUUCAAAAUUACACCAUCAGCCCCAAUUCUCAUUUUCACGUUGUCACUCGAAAUCAUAGUGACGACCAGAAAUACCCAGAUUUGGUGCAGGACAAAGCACUGGAUCGAGAGGAGCAGCCUGAGCUCAGCUUAACCCUCACGGCACUGGAUGGUGGGUCUCCACCUCGGUCUGGCACCAGCAUGGUGCGAAUCCUGGUCAUGGACGUCAAUGACAAUGCGCCUGAGUUUGUGACCUCUCCAUAUGAGGUGCAGGUUCUGGAAAACAGCCCCCUUGACUCCCCCAUACUUACUGUUUUAGCUAGGGAUAGAGAUGCUGGAAACUUCGGGAAGGUCUCCUAUGGCUUCUUCCAAGCAUCAGAUGAAAUUAAGCAAACUUUCUCAAUAAACGAAGUCACAGGAGAAAUCCGGCUGACAAAGAAACUGGAUUUUGAACAAAUGAAAUCUUAUCACCUGAAAAUUGAGGCUACGGAUGGAGGAGGCCUUUCUGGAAAAGGCACUGUGGUCAUAGAGGUGGUAGAUGUGAAUGACAACGCCCCCGAACUGACCAUAUCUUCGCUCACCAGCUCCGUCCCAGAAAACAGUCCUGAGACUGUGGUCGCUGUCUUCCGAAUCAGAGACAGAGAUUCUGGAGACAACGGAAAGAUGAUCUGCUCUAUUCCGGAUAAUCUGCCCUUCGUUCUAAAACCGACUUUCAAGAACUACUACACCCUGGUAACGGAGAGCCCGCUGGACCGAGAGGAAAGAGCCGAGUACAACAUCACCAUCAGCGUCAGCGACCUGGGGACGCCCCGGCGGCACACCCAGCACAACCUGACCGUGCGCGUGGCCGACGUCAACGACAACGCGCCCGCCUUCAGCCAGCCCGCCUACACCCUGCGGGUCCGCGAGAACAACAGCCCCGCCCUGCACAUCGGCACCGUCCGCGCCACCGACGCCGACGCGGGCGCCAACGCCCAGCUCACCUACUCGCUGCUGCCGCCCUCCGACCCGCACCUGCCCCUCGCCUCGCUCGUGGCCAUCAACCCCGACACCGGCCAGCUCUUCGCCCUGCGCGCCCUCGACUACGAGGCCCUGCGCGCCUUCGACUUCCAGGUGCGCGCCGCCGACCGCGGCGCGCCCGCGCUCAGCAGCCAGGCGCGGGUGCGCGUGCUCGUGGCCGACGCCAACGACCACGCGCCCGUCGUGCUCUACCCGCCGCCCAACGCCUCGGCGCCCUGCACCGAGCUGCUGCCCCGGGCGGCCGAGCCGGGCUACCUGCUCGCCAAGGUGGUGGCGGUGGACGGCGACGCGGGCCAGAACGCCUGGCUGUCCUACCGGCUGCUGCAGGCCACCGAGCCCGGGCUCUUCGGCGUGGGCGCGCACAGCGGCGAGGUGCGCACGGCCCGGCCGCUGAGCGAGCGUGACGCGCCCCGGCAGCGGCUGCUGCUGCUGGUGCGGGACCACGGCGAGCCGCCGCUCUCGGCCAGCGUCCCGCUGCACGUGCUGCUGGUGGACGGCUUCUCGCAGCCCUACCUGCCGCCGCCCGAGGCCCCCGGCCGGGCGCCGGGCGCCGGCGCCGGCGCGGACGAGCCGCUCACCGUCGCCCUGGUGGGGGCGCUGGCGUGCGUGUCGGCGCUGCUGGUGGGGGCGCUGCUGGCCUUGGCGGCGGGGCGGCUGUGCCGGCGGGGCGGGGCGGCCUCGGCGGGGGGCUGCGCGGGGCCCGCGGAGGGCGGCGUCCCGGGCCAGCUGCUGGACGUGGGCGGCACGGGCACCCUGGCCCACGGCUACCGCUACGAGGUGUGUCUGGCGGGAGACCGCAGAACUGGUGAGUUCCAAUUCCUGAAGCCGGUUUUCCCCAACCUCUUGCUUCAGGACCCUGAGGGAGAAAUUAAGAACAGCCCCAACUUCAGGAAUAGCUUAGUACUCAAUUAAUUAAGUGUUGUGUUUGGUGGAGUGAGCCUCUCCUUAACUGCAGCAAACCUAACUCCAAUUGCAAUACCUUUGUCUUAAGAAAUUGUGUUGUUGUAGAAAUAUGUAUAUAUUCCAAACCUAUGCAUGUCUCUGUGCUAAAUCUUCCUUUUAUUUGUUUAGUUUUUCUUAGGGCCGCACUCCUGGCAUAUGGAAUUUCCAAGGAUAGGGGUCAAAUGGAACAUACACCACAGCCACACACAGCCACAGCAAUUCGGGAUGGGGGCAGUGGCUGUGACCUACAGCACAGUUCCCAGCAAGCCGGAUCUUUAACCCACUGAGCAAGGCCAGGGACUGAACCCCCGUCUUCAUGGAUACUAGUUAAGUUUAUUAUAGUUGAGCCACGACAGGAACUCCAAUCUUUGCUUUUAUUAAUAUUUACUGGAUUUAGCAUUUUUAGUUACACUGGAUGUUGAUGUAUUUUCUCCAUAUUUGACCUCCUUUUGGUGAUUAAUCUCUCCAUACCUAUAAAUUACUCAAAUAGUAUAAGAAUUUUUAUUUAAAUCACCUUCUUGGUGUCUUUUAAAGUUUUUGUGUAACCUUGCAUUUUUCUAUAUUUGGUGCUUGUCCUUACCAUGUCGUUUCUGUUUGCAAGCCAGAGUGUUUGAAAUUCUUUGUAGCUACCUAGACUUUCUUGUUGACUCUUCUACCAGGCUAUACCCCCUGAGAGCUAUACAGAUAGAACUAGGUAUACUUGUUUCUCCCAAAUUGAUAAAACAUACGUUUUACCAAAUUAACAUGCUACAGUUGAGACCCUAUCCCAUGGUGAGCACCAUAUAUGCUAGAGAUUAUCUUAUUUGAUUGCUACUUACCUAGCACAUUGUAAUUGCUCCAUAAAUACUAACAUUAAAAGUAUUCUCAUUUGUAAGUAAUAAAGAGAACAUACAUAAUUUGGCAUCACUACACUAAAUAAAAUUAAGUCACUCUUUUUUUUUUUUUCCUUCUUUUUGCCUUUUCUAUGGCCGCUUCCCAUGGCAUAUGGAGGUUCCCUGGCUAGGGGAAGAAUUGGAACUGUAGCCACCAGCCUACGGCACAGCCACAGCAACGCGGGAUCCAAGCCUCAUCUGUGACCUACACCACAGCUCAUGGCAAUGCCCGAAUCCUUAACCCACUGAGCAAGGCCAGGGAUUGAACCCGCAACCUCAUGGUUCCUAGUCGGAUUCGUUAACCACUGCACCACAACGGGAACUCCUAAAUAAAAUUAAGUCCCUCUUGGGUAAAAUACUUUUUUAAAAAAAAUCUCAGAAUUUUAAACCCUAAAUCCUUUCAAAGGAUUCAAGAGGUGGAGGGCAUCAUAUACUGCCUUGUCCUUCACUUUUGCCCUAUGCAUAGAAGUUUAAGUGUAGUUUAGUACAUGAGUUUUUCUUGGUUUCCCUGCAGCUUUUCCACACCUUUCAAGUCAGAGUCUCUUUUGAGUUUUGGUUAUUCUGUUCCACUCUGAUUACUGGGUGACUUUAGAUUUUCACUUUAAGGUACCUGGAAGACAUGGACAGCCUUUAUCAACAAAAUAAUGAUUUACUUGUGAUGUCCAAAUUAUCUUGUUUUGUUCUUCAAUGUAGCUUUCAGGUGUUGUGCAUAAAUUUACUUUCGCAUUUAUGCUGAACUUUUAUUCAUAAGAAAUAAGCAUUGUUUUUCUUUAAGAUGAUAAGAAUAGAAAUAGAAAUUAAGAAAUAAACAUGUUGAAUUGUAGUUGUUUUACGUUGUGUUCAUUAAGCCAAGGAAGCUGGUUAUGUGGUUUCCAACUAACUUUAUAUGGAUAUAACUAUAAUGCUACUUACUGAACCUCUUUCAGAAUGUGAGCAGUUAAGGAGCUUGCUUUAAAAGCAUUUAUUUUUACAUCUCAACUGUCACCCUACUGGAAUUUAAUUACUUGCAUCUUUCCCUGAAUUACAAUUUUUUCCUAAGGAUAUAAUGAAAUAAAAAAGGAAAAUUA